CGCAGGCAACGUGUGCGUGUGCAUCCCACGGACGCCUCCGGCUCCGGGGAGGAGGAAUCAGGAAGACGAAACACAUAGACGACUUGUGUGGAACGUCCCUGGCCAAUCAGCGUCCAAAUAGACCUCCUCCAUGUCACCACCAAGGAUAAACUCCUCCUUGGCAACCGCCCAUUCCCCGCCCCGCCUUAUCCUCCCCUGAUCCCCCGUACAAAACCGCUCUCCCUCCCUUCCCCCCGCCGCUCAAGCCAUCCCAUCCACCACCACCACCACCACCACCCCGCCGGCCACACUCCGUCUUUCUCACGAGCCACAGCGCAGGGGAUGGCGUCGUUCGCCGUGGCAACGAUCCCGUCGCUGGCGGCCCCGGCGGCGGCCAAGAAGCGGUCCAGCGGCGGCGUCACGUACGUGGAGGGCAUGAACGCCUACAGCGGCCUCAAGGGGCUCAACAAGGUGAACAUGCUCGGGGUGCGCAAGACCGCCGACUACUCCUUCGCCAAGAUCGUGGCGUCGCUCAGCCCCGCGGGCAAGAACCGGCGCGGCAGCGCGUUCGGCGCCCAGAUGAACGUCGCCGGGGAGAUCUUCAGGAUCGCCGCCACCAUGAACGGCCUCGUGCUCGUCGGCGUCGCCGUCGGGUUCGUGCUGCUCCGGGUGGAGGCCGCCGUCGAGGAGGCCGAGUAGGAUGCGCGCGCCUCUGCCCGCGUAACAGCCGCUCACUCGGCUGUCGCCUCUCGCCCUCCUCUGCUUCAUAAGCCGUGAUAUAUAUAAAACGUGAUGUAUGCUUUCGAUUCAAUUACUUUUGGUAUGUAAUCAAUGACAAUUGAUCGAUACUGUGGAAACAUGUUUUUGGAGUCGAGGUCUGCAAUUGAUCUCCAGGUGUUCACAUCAA